UUCCCAACAGGUAAUAAACACUAUAUUCAUUUAAAAUCAUUCACAAUAACUAUAUAUACACAGAAUAAUUGAUCUAAACUAUUCAAAUUAUUAGAAUUCAAUAUGUCGAAAAAAAAUCAAUUAAAUUCAAACAAUAAUCAAUAGUUUGAUCAAUUUUUUCUAGUAAUAGUUAUACCGUAUUACAUACAUUGUAAGUAACUAAGACAAACUACACGUGUUCUUCUUUCUUGGUAAAAUUACACAUACAUGAUAAUAAUAAUAAUACCAUACUGUAAGCUUUUACAUGAUAGAAAUUACUCAAUUACAUAUAUAUACAUUCUAUUACUGUUAACUCCCAAUUUAUAUCAGUAUAAGGGUUGUGGAGAUUGUUAUAAUCAAUACAAUGGUAUGAAACAGUAGAAAGAAAAAAAACCCGCCUACAUAGAUCUUUAAUUUCUUUUUUUGAAAAUCUAUAUCAUUACAAAUUGAAUAUAGAAAAUCCAAUUGCUUAAUAGACUUGUCAAUUAAAAGAUUAUCAAUUUUCAUUCAUACUCAAUAAUUAACUUACAUUUUUAUUGUUAAAGUUAACCUAUAAAUGAGAAUAAAUAAAUGAACCAAUGAAUUGAUUGAAUAAAAAGUAAGCAAUUAUAAAUGAAUGGAUACUUGAAUACGUUUUAGUUACUGAUUGGAUUGUUGAUAUAUAUCUCUAUAUCAAAAGGAAACACGUCAUGAUUAUGUACAUAUUCAACGCAACUCAACACAUACAUACAUUAGUUAGUAACAUACAAAACAAUCAAUAAAAUUUUUAUAAUAUUACAAAUGGAUUAAACAAUAAAACGAUGGUGUAUCAAAUUAUAUUCUUAUUACUAUCAAUAAUUUAAUUUAAUGAUGCUUAUAGUCCAUGUUGCAUUGCCUACAUUUAUUUGUGUAGAACAAUUUAUUAUAACUAAAUUAUAUUUUAAAAGAUCAGUUAGAAGUGUUACUUAUGAUAAUCUUAUUUCAAAAUUAUGUGAAUAUACUAAAACAAAAAAAGGGAAAUUUUAUGUUUCAUGGCAUGAUGGAACUGAAUAUUGUACAGUGACUAAUUCAUCUAAUCUGAGAGAAGCAAUUGUACGAAUGAUAUAUGAUCGUGAAGAUAAUACACCUUUAUUAUUUGCUGCCCCAGUACUUCAUUUAAAUGAAACAAAAUUACCUUCAUUUUAUGGUGGAUGUAGACCAGAGCAUUUACCAAGUGAUUUUCGUGAACGUGCAUCAAGAGCUGUAUUUAAUAAAGAGAUUAAUUACACAGAACCUGAAUUACCUGUUAUCAUUGAAUUAAUAUGUAACAUAUGUAAUAAAAAUAAUUGGUGUGGUGAUCGAUUCACAUGCGUUAUAUGUCCUAGAGUUGUAUUAUGCCCUGAUUGUUUUAAAAAUAACAAUCACUCAGAACAUCCAAUGUUGAUUACUAGGGAUAAUGCAGAAUUUCCAUGUCCAGUAUUACAAGCAGUUAAAAUUGUCGCUUCAGAUGUUACUGCAGAAGAUUCUACUGGUGAAGACGAUGAACAAUCAGACUUAUCUGAUCCUAGAACAUCAUCAUCUACUGCUACAAAUGAUUCUGAUGAUAUUCAUAAAACAAUUGAUGCACUUCGUGAAAUGGGUUUUAAACAGAAAACUAGUGAAUUAGUUGACUUAGUCAUAAAAGAACAUGGUAAUUUACAAAUAAUUGUUGAAAAGUUAGCUAAUUAA